AUGUCUUUGGCUUCUCCUGGAGAUGAUGCAAUGAAGCGGUCAGAGAAUUGGGUAGAGGAUGCACUCAUCAAGUUCUAUCAGAUUUUUCGAAAGCACUUCAACCCGAAUGAUGAUGAUCAUAAUUUCAAUAAUGUUGUUCCUAGCGGUCGUAUCUUGGUUAACAAAAUCGAGAACAAUAGAUUUGAUUAUGGCAGGGGCGACAAUCUGCCGACAACAUGCAUCCGCCACAAACCAAGAUACACGUUCGACUUAUUGGAAAUCAAAAGGUUCUAG